UAGUUAUUGUCAAAAAAAUUUUAACAUGAAAAAAACAAAAUGAAUGAAAGAAAAAGAUUAAAAUUUCUUUUACCAAUAUUUUUCUUAAAAGUUUUCCUUUUCAUUUACAAUCUCCAAUUAACAGCUUCUGCAGGAUGCUUCAGUACUUUUGUUGAGUAUAAUGGUUAUUGUUAUAAAAGUACAUACUCAAAAGGCGAUUGGUAUUCCUCAGAAAGGAUUUGUCAUGUCUAUGGUGCAGAAAUGAUUAGUAUCCUAAGUGAAAAGGAAGAAUAUUUUGUUGAAAAUCGUUUACUAGUUAGAAAUUGUUGAAAAUCAACUUUCAAUAAUUUAUAUAAAUCAUUUUUUCUUGUUUUUUUUCCAGUAGAAUACUAACCGAGGAGACAUAUUCUAUAUAGGUUUAAACAAACUAAACAGAAGAGAAUAUCUAUGGUCUGAUGGUUCACCUGUUAAUUAUACAGGUACACUUAUCAACUCUAAUGAUUCUUUGUGCGUUGCUUAUAGUCCAAGAUCUACAACCAAAUGGAAAAACAUUAAUUGUGGAAUGGAAGAAAAACGCAUUUGUAAAAUGAAGAAAGGUGAUACGCGACCCACUGGUAGACCAACUCCAGCAACUUCUCAUCCGCCGGGCCAUUGUCCAAAAGGUUGGCUGGAAUCAUCCCGAAAAUGUUUUUUGGUAGUUUUCUUGGAUAAAGUCAAUGGGCUAAGAUAUUAUGAAGCAAGAAGAAGUUGUAGGUCAUUAAACUUAAUGUCAGAUUUAGCUACAAUUGAAAGUGCAGAAGAGACUUCAUUAAUUGUUUCACGCGCAGUAGCUGUUGGUGAUACAGAUGGAUUAUGGUUUGGUUUAUUCAGAAGAAAUUAUUUGUCUGAUUGGCUAUGGUAUGAUAAUUCUCCAAUUAAUCUUGACAGAUACAGUAACUGGAAUAGAAAGCCAGAAAAACAGACAAGGGCUUACAUAUCACUUUUUGAUAAUUAUUUUGCGAGAGUAGGUCAAUGGGUAGGACAUUCAUAUGGCAGAAUGGGCUAUGUAUGUAGUAUGAAAAAAAGUGACAUUGAAUUGAUGUCAACAACUCCCCAAAAGAAAACUGUUUGUCAAAGGGGAGAAUUUCUUGGAGAUGGUUGUUAUACUAUACAAAAUGAAAAGAAAACUUGGAAUGAAGCUUUAACAUCUUGUAAAAAUUAUAAUAUGAAUUUGGCUUCUAUUCAUACUGUAUCAUUGACUGAAAGACUAAAAGUUUAUAUUAGAAACACAGAAAAAUAUUACUGGAUUGGAUUGAAUAAGUUUAAUUAUACCGAGCCAUUUUUAUGGAGUGAUAAUUCUGUAUAUAUCUAUAGAAAUUGGCAUCGAGUUUCUCGUGACAAUAGAUAUAACAAUUGUGUUGCAAUUUCACCAAAUGCCAAAUGGAGAGCUUUUAAUUGUAGCACACAGUUGGAAAGUAUUUGCAAAAAAUCAUUUGGUGUUUUACCUACAGUUCCUCCUCAGAUUGAUGGAACAUGCCCUGAUCCAAAUCAGCCUUAUUGGCUCAAAUAUGGCAAAUAUUGCUAUUUAUUUCCCUAUAAUGAGGUAAGUUCUUAUGAAGAAGCAUUAGAGACGUGUAGUAGAAUAAGCAGUGGAUUAGCUGUUCCAGUCACCAUUCAUGAUAUGUCAGAACAAUUUUUGAUAACUAGACGAAUCCAGCAUUUAGAGAAAGUCUGGAUAGGCUUGACACGUGAAUCUUCUAAUCAACCAUACCGUUGGGUUGAUAACACUUCUGUAACAUUUGAAUUUUGGAGAAAGUAUGAUGUAGGUCGUGGGGAUUGCGUUGCUCUCACUAAUGAUAAAAAUGUAAGGAUGCCGGGCCGAUGGAUAAAACAACCAUGUUCACUGCCAGAUAACAAAAAAAUUGGCUUUGCAUGUAAAACUUUGACAAUUCCAUACCCAACCACUCCUAUCCCAGGGAGAGGAAAAUGUCCUCCAAAAUUUUCAAAUGAAGACAAUUGGGAAAUAUUUGGUGAAAAAUGCUUACUUUUUGUAAAAAGUCAUUUUGCAGAUUACAAACUAGCUACAAGAAUAUGUAGAAGAGUUAAUGGCACCUUGGCAGAGAUAAAAACAUAUGAUGAAAAUUGCUUUAUUGAACAACAAGCCAAAAAACAUUUACCAUUUUACAUAAAAGGUUUAUGGAUUGGUCUAAGAAGAAGAAAAAAUGGUCAAUAUUUGUGGGAAACUGGUGAUAAAUUCCAUUUUGACUAUUUUUACUAUAAGGAUGACAGAAAAGGAAAUUGCACUGUAUUGAAUACUACUGUACAUGGUUAUUGGAAAAGUCACAGAUGCUCUAAAAAUCAUUUUCCUUUUGUAUGUCAAACAGAUUUGUUAAAAGAUUCACCCAAAUUGCCAACUACCACUAAGAAACCAACUAGUAGUAAAGUAGGGCUAAUUAUUGGCAUAACAAUUGGUAUUUGUUCUCUAAUUGCAAUAUUUGGUGGUUUAAUUUACAAAUGGAAAACUUCUGCAAGAGUUCAAACAAACACAAAUCCAGGUGGAGAUAACAAUAGUUUUCCAAAGAAAAUUCAAAUGUCAAAAUGUCAAAAUGAAGAAUCCUGUUGAUCAUUUCCAACAAUUCUGAUUUUAAUAAUUGAUUUUCAAUAAUAAAUAAGUUGAUUACAUUUUAUCAAAAAGAAUGAUACAAAUUGUUGACAUAGUAUUUUAAAUAUUGUAUUCACAAUGCAAUUAUAGCCAUUACUGUUGGCAUAGGGCCAAUUAAUGUAUUUUCUGUUUUUUACAAGAGUAGGUAACUUUUUAAUAAGAAAUUUCGAUAUUUUUCCUUCUUCCUGAGACUAACUUCUCUGUUGAGAAACAUUCAAAAUAUGAUUUUGUUAUUGGAUGUUUAAGCAGUAAGGAAGAUUCUUUCCAUUUUGCAGAUUCAAACCUUUAGUUCAACAUUGCAUUGCAUGAAAUAAUAGAUUUGUUCAGCUCUAAAAAAUUUCUGUUCCCAAAAAACCGCUUUCUUAGCCAUCAAAGGACGAAUAUUGGUCAACACUUUUCCAAGUCAAAAAACCAUAUGAUGAAGAACUUUUUUUUGAAAUGAAUGUAUUGUUUUUGAAGAUCCAAACAAUUGAGAAAAGUUUAACAUUUUUUGCCUAAAAGUUAUAAAAAAGAAAG